AAUCACUCACACUUUCUGUGGCAGCUGCAUCGAGUUAUUAUCGUCGUUUAUAUUAGUGAGAAUAACAAUUGUACUGUUAUCCUUUAAUUUAGGAAAUAUAUAUUCGUUUGCAAAUAGGACAAUCAUCUAUGAUGUGCCAGACACGACACUCGGUUAUCAUCAUCGCAAUGACAGUGGUAAUCGCCGGAGCGUACAGAAGUAAGAGAGACGUCGUUUCCUUUAAUACGGACGUCAUAUCAUAUCACAAAACUCGUCCACGAAAUUUCUUUCACGGUCAAUCAUUUAUCGACAAGAUAAUUGGUCAGCAAAUAUUGUCCGAUGUACCAGUGAGAGACCAACCUAUCAACCAACAAGCAUUUCACGAGGCAUCCUUGAAAGAACGAAGCACCUACCCGUCUGGCUAUUCAAUUUUUCGCCAACAACCGCUCAAGCAGAAUUUAUUUCACAUGGUAAGAGCGUUCAAAGACGAACCAUUGUUCAGAAACGCGCUUCUGAAGGAUCAUGAGUUGCACGGAGAACGAGCAGUCUUCAGAAACAGCCCCUUCGAAGGACAAAGCGCGUCGCUUGCUUCGGAGGAGAUCUUCGAGGAACAAGCGUCAACGUAUAGAAGUCAAACACCGUUUAGAAAACAAUUGUUAACGCCUGAAACGCCGUUUAAAAACUUAUUUCACGGACAGUCACCUCUAAGUGAACAAGCACCGUACCAGAAGCAAACGACUUACGUCGAUUUUCCGGCCAUUUCCAAAUCAAUCAAGUUUUAUCGAGAUGAUCCUUACAGUAAACCGAUCGAUUCGUACGGGCGACAGAAAGACGCACAAGCUGUGUUCUACGGGGAGCCUACAAUGUACAUGGAAUAUGAUAAUCAUCCGCACGAAUUGCCCUCCAUGCCGGUGGUUUCGUCCUCCAAGCAUCUUGCCGCAUUAAACGCCGAAAUGCCUGCAAUGCCGCUGCCUACGCCCGUCGCCAAUCACGGAUCUACCUCUCCUACAUCUCCUGUUUCUUCCGGUAUAAGCGAAAUGCAUUUAUCAGACGCUUUCAAGAUGAAACUUGGCUCAGCAUCGACUUCACAGUCCGCUAUUUCAACGUUAAGCGGCAAAUGCAAUACGCUAGUUGACAGCUCGUCAACCAUGUCCAGCAACGCUGUUACAACUGUGCCAUCAAUCUCACAUAGCACAAACCAAUCCUCAAUUGUAGGUCAUAUCUUAACGAAUUUUGCAACCAAGCCUAAUUCACCUGUCAUGGCUACAAUGACACCAAUAAUGCCAUCCGUCAAAAACACUCUUGAGCCGAUUCACUUUCAUGCUACUAAAUAUGGAGCUGUUGUGGCGUCUCCUUUCAUUUCCCAAAAUCAAUUGAAGAGCCAGAUCCAUACUUACCCGCAUCCAGAAACACCAAAGAGUAGCUUGAAGAUCGAUGAGCACAACUUGAAAUACUUAAUGCCGGAAGUGUCAAAGAACAACAUGAAGACCGAUAACCAAAGUCCCAUGUUAGACUAUAUGCUCUCUGGAGAGCAGAAGGGCAUGCUGAAGAGCGGCAUUCAAAACUCCUUCGCAAACAACGCGUUGCCCGAAGUACUUAAACAUGGCUGGUCUCUGCAGCAAUUCUCGCAUCCGGAAACAUUGUCCAGUUAUGCUCCGUUGUCUCCGAGUGGAAAGAUGAAACUCAUUUUGCCAAGUACAUCAGUCGCAUCUGCCUCUGCUAUUUCUUGGCCAUUGCUGACAAAACACAAUAUUCCCGAAAUAUUACCCGCAAAAUUUACAAUAACAUCCGACUGGUCGACGAGUAACAAUAUGCCGCUAGAAAUGAAUUUACCUAUGGACUUCAUGGCGAACAUACCAAACAGUCUCACUGCAAGUAUACCCGAUAGUAUAUCUGGAAGCAUAACUGGUAGCAUGUCAACGAGCAUACCUGGUGGCAUGACGACGGACAUGCCUGCGAGCAUACCAACUUUGAACCUGGGUCAAAGUUUACAUCGUAUGGAACAAUUACGACAAACUCAAGAGGCAAGAAAUCCUUGGUACCCCACAGGUUUGCAGCUGCAGCUAGGCGGUUUCGGUGGGAUAAAUUACACGUUACAUACAAGUAAUCCUGCCGCGAGGCCGAUGGAGCUUGGAAUCGCGAAAGCGGGCUUAACUCUGCCGAAAUUACCACAACCACACGUUCCCGCAUUUGCAAAAGUUGGAGUUGGAUACCAUCUGUAAAAACUGCGCGCGAUUACCUUUGUUAUACGCAUUUAUAUUGCGAUGCAAUGCACACGUGCACACAACUGAGAUGUUAUGUAGUGCAAAUUCUGCAGCCAGCAGUAAAGUUACCAAAGCAUAUCACGUCUCUCUGGAUUUAAGGAUUUAUUUUUGAUUAGAGCAUACAUGUUUCAAAAUUUAUUGAUGAACACCAAUUUAGUAAAUAAGAAUUAAAUUGAUUCAAUACGCAUGCACAUACA